UACAAAUGGAGACUCUCCCUCUUCUCCUUACCCUAACAGCUGCCCUUUCUGCCUAUUUCCUUUGGUUCCACUUCCUCGCUCGAACCCUAACCGGUCCAAAAGCAUGGCCGUUCGUCGGUAGCCUCCCGGCCCUAUUCAAAAACCGAAACCAAGUCCACGAUUGGAUUGUUGGCAACCUCCAUGCAACCGGAGGUUCAGCCACCUACCAAACAUGCAUCAUCCCUCUUCCUUUCUUGGCUCAUAAGCAAGGGUUCUACACCGUCACAUGUCACCCUAAAAACCUCGAACACAUCCUCAAAACCCGGUUUGAUAAUUACCCGAAAGGACCUAAAUGGCAAACCGCAUUCCAUGAUCUUUUGGGUCAAGGGAUUUUCAAUAGCGACGGUGAGACGUGGCUAAUGCAACGUAAAACCGCGGCUCUUGAAUUCACGACACGGACAUUGAAACAAGCUAUGGCUCGAUGGGUGAACCGAUCUAUUAAGAACCGGUUAUGGUGUAUUUUGGAUAAAUCGAUUAAAGAUAAUAUUUAUGUGGAUUUACAAGAUCUUUUGUUACGACUAACAUUUGAUAAUAUUUGUGGACUUACAUUUGGUAAAGAUCCUGAAACUCUUUCACCAAAUUUACCUGAAAACCCUUUUGCUGUUGCUUUUGACACUGCCACUGAAGCUACCAUGCACAGGUUCCUCUACCCAGGCUUAAUAUGGAGGUUCCAGAAAAUUUUCGGUAUAGGAUCAGAAAAAAUGUUAAAAGAAAGUCUUCAAAUCGUCGAAACAUAUAUGAACGAUGCCAUGUCAGAUCGUAAAGGAAUCCCUUCCGAUGACCUAAUGUCACGUUUCAUGAAGAAACGCGACGUCGACGGAAAACCAAUAUCCGCCCCAGUACUCCAGCGCAUCAUCUUAAGCUUCAUCCUCGCUGGAAGAGACACAUCAUCUGUCGCUCUCAGUUGGUUCUUCUGGCUUAUUUUGAAUCAUCCUAAUGUGGAGGAGAAGAUAAUCAAGGAGUUAACGACAGUUUUAGAGGAAACUCGCGGCAGUGAACGGCAGAGAUGGACGGAGGAUCCUAUUGAUUUCGGAGAAGCGGAUCAGUUGGUUUAUUUAAAGGCGGCAUUGGCUGAAACACUACGGUUGUACCCGUCAGUGCCACAAGAUUUUAAACAAGCAGUUGCUGAUGAUGUUUUACCCGAUGGAACGGUGAUUCCGGCUGGUACAACAGUUACAUAUUCGAUAUAUUCAGUUGGAAGGUUGGAAACAAUAUGGGGUAACGAUUGUUUGGAAUUUAAGCCAGAGAGAUGGAUUUCGGUUCGGGGUGAUCGGUUUGAACCUCCAAAAAAUGGAUUCAUGUUUAUGGCUUUUAAUGCUGGGCCGAGAAUUUGUUUGGGGAAGGAUUUGGCGUAUUUACAAAUGAAGUCUGUGGCUGCUGCUGUUCUUUUGCGAUACCGGCUAUCGCUAGUUCCCGAUCACAGGGUUGAGCAGAAAAUGUCUCUAACUUUGUUUAUGAAGAAUGGUCUGAAGGUUUUUUUGCAGCCACGUAAGCUUUAAGAAGGGAAAGGGUGGCCAUGUCAGCUUGGACUGAGGGUGUUUUAUACAUUGCAUGGAAGAAAUUUGGAGAUGUUCUGUUGUAAUAUGUGUUUUAGAGUUUGUGUCUGUUUAAGUGUAAAUGUAAAUGUUUUUCUUGGGUUUGAAAUUUGGGUGUUGUUAUUUCAUAUUUGUGUAUCAAUGUUUUGUUUUUCUUCAUUGUGAAAAUUAAUAAACAUAAGUGAAAGUGGAUGUUGAAACCUAA